UCUUUGUACUUGCAAUAGGGUAAGAAUCCCUGCUGCCAUGUUGUUGUCCAACUAUCAUGCUCUCCUACAUUUGUGGAGUUGGUAUCCAGAUCAAUUGAUUGACCACAUUUGGUUGAUGUAUGCAUAUCUCCAACAUCAUGGGUAUCCCCAAUCCUUUUGUCCUGCAACCGUCGUUUUGGUCGUCUCUCGUCCCUUCGGGUAUUUGAUAAUUCGUUGAUUGCUAUGUGUCAGGUUCCGACGUUCUCGGAGAACGGAUGGUACACAGACUUGCUGUCAGAUGAUGCAUGUUGGCUAGAUUCCUUUCCUGCGCCUGCUCGGCCUACGCAGGCCCUUAUCUCCCUGGCGACGUCUAGGAUCCUUGAGUUUGUUAGGAUUCAUUCUGUGGAUGCUACCCCCCCUCUCGUCUCCGUGCUCUCCUUUGACAAUUGGGCUGAUCUGUUGUGCACGGCUGCGCAUGACAAACCUGCUUUCCGCAGACUUACUGAGAAUCUAGUAACCCAGCCUCCGGAGCAGGCAGCGGAGGAUGAGCUGGUUGACCUCAGUGUCAACGAUAGUCUUGCCAUGAAGGAGAAGGUUUUUAUUGAUUUGUGGGGGGCCGAAUCGAAUUUCCAUGUUGGCUUGAUCCAGAAGGACCCUGGUCUCCGGGAUGGUGGGUCUUUGUCCCAGUCCUCUGAUGAGGAUGAUGAGGACCCCCUCCAGUUGAUUGAGGAGGAGAAGCGCUUUCAUGCUAAAUUUAUAGCUAAUGGGAGGAGUGAGAAGGCGAAGGUGAGAGCGGCCAAUCAAAGGAUGGAGGUGAACAAAUUUGCUCGUAAUGCCUUCCUUCCUGUUGUCCCUCCGAGAUGGGUCGAGAGGCAGUCCAGGGGGGUUGAUGAUAAGCUUUGGGAUCUUCUUACGUUUAAUGAUACUGCACCAAUUCACGCUGACUCCUACCGCUUUCUUGCAUCCCUCACUGAACAGGAGUUGCAGAAAUGUAACGAGAAGGCACUCACGGAGAACAGUGACCUUUGUAGGGGGGACUUUCCGCUCACACCUGACAACAUGGAGCUUCCUGUAGUCGGAGAAUUUGAUCGCUCGAAGUGUACUGCAUCUGCCACUGCGCUGUCCUUCGGAGGGUUUAUGGGCCCAAGGAUCCAGACUGCGGUAGCUGAACUAAAGUGUAUUUGGAACGUUGGCAGGCCCUACCUGAAGUGCCGCUGCAUUGAGUUGGGUAAGGGGGAUUGCGGCAGGAACAUUACGUGGUUCGACCACGUCCUCUAGUACCUACUCUCGGACUUGCAUCACUUGUUUCUGGAGGCUCCAUCUCUCAGAGCGCGCAUUCGCGCCUUCAGGGUCUUAGCUAAGACCACGUG